UAGUAGCAGCCCUCUUAGUUGUAUCGAGGAACUCAAGGAUUCAUGUCUCAGGGAAAAUCUUUUCAUAUUGUUGACUUUUUUCACUCAAGAAAAUGUAUGAAUGAAGCAUGAUGCAUAGAGAUGGGUAUGCAUGCGGCAUGCCUCCAAUGAAUCUUGUUACAUAUAUUAGGGCAUGAGCUCUGUGCAUAUGAGUUAAGAGAAACCCACCACCGUUGGGCCUGGGCUGGAGCCUCCAUUCUUGUUGGAUAUGGUUUUACAGCUGCAAGAUUUGCCAAACACUUCAUUUCAUCCCAAAAACAAUUGAGCUGUCAACUGCACAAUGAGUCAAUGACUAUAAAGUUCAGGGAUCAAGAAUGUAAUUUACCAAACCCACUGCCCACCUUACCUAGUUUAGUUACCUCUGAUUCUGAAGCACUGGGCGGUUUGGGUUACCCUCCAUUUUCCCUGUCCAACUCGAAGAGCCCCAAAAUGGCGGCAUCGCUGCUUCUCAGGAACGCUCCGCUCCUGCGACUCCGCCUCCAAUACCAUUGCCUCGCAGUCGCUACUCUCCCGCCGCUGCGCCGGACGUGGUGCUCUACCGCUGCCGAUUCGACCCGGCUCGACGACGAGGUCUCCGACGCGGAGAAGACCAGCGACCUCUCGAGAGCUCCGGACCGGACCAAAUACUUCAGCGUCCACGAUCCUGAUUACCGGAAGUGGAAAGAAAAAGAGGACGAGAUUUUGGCCGACAUCUCGUCCAUAACUUAUCUUGUCAAAGACAUUCUUCACUCGGACAGAUAUAUGGAUGGAGGGCAGCUGGAAGCUGAAGACGAGAAGGCUGUGGUGGAGAAACUUCUCGCUUAUCAUCCGAAUUCCGAAGACAAAAUUGGAUGUGGGCUCGAUUCGGUUAUGGUUGAUCGACAUCCACAGUUCAAACACUCGAGGUGCCUGUUUGUGGUGAGAACCGACGGUGCUUGGAUAGACUUCUCGUAUCAGAAGUGCCUGCGGGAAUACAUCCGAAACAAGUAUCCAAACCACGCAGAGAGGUUCAUUCAAGGACAUCUCAAACGCGGGAGCUAAUCAAGGUUCUUUGCUGCAACUGCUACUAUGUUUGUUUACUGGACAUCAUGAGCGUGAUGUGAUUUUGUAAAUUAAGGGGUUGUGACUUAGUCUUUAGCUAGGGGACAAAGGAGUAAUUGUCAGUUGGUUGGGCUGUUGUUCUUUAAGGGCAACCUGCCCUUAACACCAGGUCAAGGCCAUGUUUGUCAAAAUGUGGUAGAUAUUCCUUGACCAAUUGAAGAAGAAGAAGAAGGAAAAGAGAGAUAGGAGUGGAGAAAAAUUGAUUGAAAUGAACUAUACCCUACUUUUGUUGACCUAUGCAUAUCUGUUUGUCUCUCACUUUGCUUGUGCAGAAAUCAAAAGCUGUUUUUCCCCUUCAUGACACACUCUGCCUUGUAUAUAUCUCGUUUUGUUUUUAGCUAGUUUUGGGAUCUACUACAUUACUAAAGUGAAGGUGGCAGGCAGCUGUUUUGUUGGCUCUGUUCUGUUGUUCAUACAAUAACAGAGAGGAAAAAGGGAAAGCAGGCAAGAGGGUAUUGGAAAAGAAGAAUGACAUGAGAACAAGAACAAUGAUUUCCUCUGCUCCUCUCAUCAAAAGCUGUAAAGGGUUAUAGUCGGGGCGCCAGUCAAAACCAUGCAUCAUUAGCUUCCCCGCCGAAGAGCAACCUUUUUUACACCAGAAACAAUCCACCAUAUCCUUAACUAAUUAGCUCUUUCUUAAGUGGCAUUCUUGUUAGGAUUGGGACAUCACUGAAUAUCAAUGAUCAAAAUGCGUCUUGGGGAUCAUUAUGUCUUUCUACAAGCAAUUUUUACUUUGGUUAGCUAGGGAGGGUUUAUGGUCAAAGCGAGCGUGCACGAGGAGCAGGCAGGGCAGCAUGCACGCAAAUGAGCAAACUUUGUUACGUUUCAUCAAAUGCAAUCAAAGGGUACUGCUGUUAUUGCACAAAAAUGAAAAACCUGAACUGUAUAGUCAGUAGUACUGAACUAUACAGUUAGUGCAAAGUAAAUGACUCAACAAAUCUACACAAAAGACACCUCAGGGAAGGAAUCAAGCGAUUGUUGUAUGAUUUGAUAGAGCAUUGGAGUUUCCCUGCCCUCUUUCUCAAAGCCAAAAGAAAAAGGGUGUUUCGUUUCGACUUAAAAACCAAAGGCCACAAAGAAAAAAGAAAGAAGAGCAAAACGAAUAGUUUGCUUGGUUCCUUCGUAGGAUUAGAGUUUUGGAAGCCCUUCAUCUUCUUCUUUUCUGCUUCCUUUUUCUUUUCCAUGUCCACAAAGUGCCCCACCUUCCACUUCUUCCUCAUCUCUUUGCUUCAUAUAACCCAGCAACUAACACAAACCUAUCCAUCUAGCAUAACCUGUUUUAGUCACUGUAGCAUGGCCUGUGUAAUGAUGCAAUACUACUGUGUGUUUGAAUUUUGGUGCCAGAACUCCUUGCUAAUUGGAAACUUGAAGGAUUCAAUACUCAGUUGGCUACCUCGUUCCCUCGUGUCGCCGCUGCUGCUACUGACUCUGAAGCAAAAAUUUCCGACGUGGCAUUCUUCAAUGACUAGUGUAUUCUUUGGUCUCUUAACCUUAAAUUCUUUGAGAGGGGGCGCGGAGAGGGAGAGAUUGGAUUUAAUGCAUUUACUUAAUUCUCUUGAUUUGUUGGAUAAGGCGUGCAACCCUUGUAGAAUUAUUUAGAAUCCUGUACCGAAAGGAAAGUUCUCUGUGAGUUCGUGCUACAGGAAUAUAGUUAAGGAUGUUCAACAAGGUUCGAAUGAUUUCCCAACCAAGCAAGUUUGGAAGAAUGUGAUUCUGAGCAAAGUUUGUUUUUUCUUAUGGUUAGUUUAUCAUAACAGGAUACACACAGUGGACAAUUUGAAGAAGAAAGGGGGAUCAUUGGUGAAUAGAUGUUGUCUAUGCUACAUCCUAGAAGAGUCUGUGUAUCAUUUGUUUGUGGAAUGUCAGUUCAUCGAAAAGGUUUGGCGUCAUAUAAGCUGUUCCAGGAAUGGAUUACCAUCGCAAAGGGGGAACAUAACCUCGAUAAUAAAAAACUGUCCACACUCUUUGCCAGACAGCGUUGAUGGUUGGUUCAAGUUUUGUAUUGUUCAUGCGGUUUGGUGGUCUAUGUGGUUGGAAAGAAAUUAGCGGGUGUUUGAAGAGAACUUUGGUGUCGCGAAUCGGCUUCGGUCGGUACUCGCUUGAGAGUGCUUGGGGGUGUGUCCCUCUUGUUUUUUUUGCUAUUUCUUUUUUCUGACUUUUGUUUUUGCUUCCCGCUACGUGAGAUCAGUCCUUGUGAUCUCCCUUAUUUGUACAUUCUUUUCGUUUCUUUUAAUAUCACCAUUAUCAAAAAAAUACUCAGUUGAAUCCCAAUGUGCUCAUCGGUUAUUUACUAGAUUGCCUUGCAAAUAGGCAAACUGCGAAAUCAGUUUGUCUGUUUGUGAAUGAUUUGGAUUAUCAAAUUACACGGUAAUGAAAGGAAAUAUGAAAAAAUCAUACAUUUAACGAGAUCAAUUAUUAUGUGGUUUAUCAAAAGGAAAUUAUAUCUGCAAAUUCUAAAAUGCACGUUAAUUCUUACUGUGAAUUUUAUUAAGUUACAAGUAUCAAAGAGUUUAGGGUGAUGGAUUUAAAAAUGAGGAUUUUGUAAUUUAAAAACCCAAGGAUUUAUCAAGGUUUUGAGGCAUUAUGAAUUUGUAACAAUCCUUUGUUUGUUGAGAUGUUUUAUCAUGGAUUUAAGAGUUUGGGAUAUAGAACUUAAAGUCCAAAAUUACCAUACUAUCAUUUUCUAUUUGUUUGUCAUGUUUAUGAUAUAUACACAAAACAAGAACUAUACAUAAUGUUGUCACAAGGACAAUAAUAAUAAAUGUGAAAAUUAUGUUUACCCCGAGAAGUAGAAAGAAUUACAAUUCCCAUCCCCCUAAAAUUCGAGGAAUUAUCGGUUACCAAUUCCUUGUCCUCCUUUUAAAAAGCAACAUAUAGCAACAUAUAUUAGAACUGGAGAGCAAAGAAUUACACAUUCCAUGAAAAGAUCAAAAGAAACUAGAACACAAGAAAUUGCAUAAAAAAUCUAACUCAUGCUUACACAUUAAUUGAAUAUUUAUAUUAUUUCUUUGUUGUUAAAUAAUUAAUUAUUUAUAAUGUACAAUAGGUAAAUGGGAGGACAAAUUUGGAGUUUUAAAAGUUUAUGAGAGUAUAUGGGUAAAAUCUCAUCAUGGGUUUAUGGUAUGCUACAAAUUCCACAUCAAUAUGUGGUAUUUACAAGUCCGUGGGAUCCACGAAUUUGGACCCUUAAAAUCCAUGGCCCCCACGAAUUUGGUCCCUAAAUGAUACGCAAACAAACAAUUACUUAAAUC